AUGUCGGAAACACAGCCCAGCAGCCGAGCAUCAUUGGCGUUUGCAGCGGCGGUCGAAGCAGAGAUGAACUCGGAGGGGAAGUGGUUUGAUCUGAUCCACCGGCGGAUUGGCGAUGCUGGAGCGCAAGUGAUUGCCGAGGAGCUCAAGCGGAAUGCGACGCUGGCUAGACUCGGUCUGAUUGAAAGUCAGAUUGGCGAUGCUGGUGCGCGGGCAAUCGCGGAAGCGCUCACAGUGAACACGACGCUGAUUACGCUCUCUUUGGAAAAGAAUCCGAUCGGCGAUGCUGGAACGAAGGCGAUUGCUGAGGCGCUCAAAGUGAACCUGACUCUGGCUACGCUCCUUCUGGGUGAGAAUCAGAUUGGCGAUGCUGGAGUCCAAGCGAUUGCGGAGACACUCAAAGUGAGCACGACACUGACAAGGCUCCAGCUGCAAAAAAAUCAGAUUGGCGAUGCUGGUGCGCAGGCGAUUGCAGCGGCACUCCGAGUAAACACGUCGCUAACCGAGCUCAAUUUGGGCUUGAAUCAGAUUGGCGAUGUUGGUGCGCAGGCAAUUGCUGAAGCACUCAAAGUGAACAAGACCUUGGCUUGGCUCGAUUUGGGCCAAAAUCUAAUUGGGGAUGCUGGAGCAAAGGCGAUUGCUGAGGGACUCAGAGAGAACACGACGGUGACUAGGCUUCAGAAUCGGAUUGGAUAUGAUGGAGCGCAGGCCAUUGAUGACGCACGCAACGCGACCAAAGCGCUGACCUAUUGCAGCAUCGACAACCAGAUCAACCCUCUCGCAUUCUCCUUACUUCCCCGAUUAGCGACUGCGAAAGACCUUCAGACAGUGUUUCACUGGCUGGUCAGCGGACCAGAGCUGCAGGAUCAGCCCGCUGCUCUACCUGCACUUCCAGUCGAGCUUGCUGAACGAAUUAUGGACGAAGCCUGUUACUGGCAAGGCGUGCAGCACACCAAACGAUCGCACUUUCAUGACGGGACCACCAAUGGCGCUCUAACAGUCACAGUCCCUCAGGGCAUCGCUGGAAAUUCAGUCCGUGUGAAAGCCAUUCAGGUGCUUCGGGACGAGAAGCACUGGUUGGAUCCUCCUUACAGCACCAAUGGCAAGACUUUUGAUUUGGUAGUCCGCGAUAAGGGAGGGGUUGUUCGAUAUGAAUGCGCUGCAAACGCCACUUUUGUCGAUUCCAACCUCAAUCUCGUGACAAUCCGGCCAGCCAGUCAUCCCUUCAUCCGACAACUGCGCAAGGGUUGGCAAGUUCAAGUUCUACCCAGCAAAUCUUUCGGAAUUUCGCUAAUCGAAUCUCUUUAUCUCGGAGCUUUCUAG